GGAGAUUCAACCAAUCAGGUUGUGCAAUCAAAGUCGUGCGCCACGGGCUGCGCUCAGCAGCUGAUCCCCGCGAACAAUGAAGUGUUGCCCAUUUGCUGGUCCUGGCCGCCAGGAGCGGACGUGGAGCGCAACAAUCAAAACAACCAUGGCAGGCGGUCCCCUUUCGCUGUAAGAUCUGGCGGUGGUCCAAAUGGGGCAAACUGUUUUGAGAUGACCUGCAUGAAUCCUUCGUGCCCUCAUUUCCAGAGGACGCAUCCAAAGAGGCAAAGCGUAAAAAGCCUCAACAUGACUACAACUGUUCUAAACCCGAAAAAGAAGCGCAGUGCGACACCGCGGCGGUCCUUUCACUCAGACUGCGCCUCAGACACGUCCAGCCCGGGACAUUCGAAACCGAGUGAUCUCAACACUCAACGUUACCAGGCGACGUCCGUGCGCGUGCUGUCCUCGCGCCGGAAGGUGAUACGCCUUCUGAUCCUCGUGCAGGUCACUUUCGCUGUUUGUGUCCUGCCGCACCACGUGCGCCUUUUGAUGAACUAUUGGGAGGUGUACCCUUCCCUUUCGUUCACCUUCAACUUUUUCCCGCCCCUCGCUUUUAUCUGCUUGUACUUGAACUCAGCGCUAAACCCUGUCCUGUACAGCCUCUUCUCGGAGAGC